AAGGCAAUAAGCCGGAACUCGGUGUCAUUUUUAGUUGGUGCGGCAAUCAGCACGUUAUUAACUAAUAAACCGAACAUUGGCCAAUGACCCAAAAUGCCGAACGCAACUGGUUCAGCAAAGUCUAUCGAUUAUCGUGAUGAGAAACAGCAAGAAAGGUGUGGAGAACCUUUGAUGAAAGGAAGAAAUUCAAAAGAUGUAGAUAAUAUAACACCGGAUGGAACGUCUUUUGCCAAUCCAUCGAACGAUCAUUUUUUCCUGUCAAAAAGUCGGGACCAGUCGAAAGUGAACGGAUCGACGAGAAAGAAAAGAUGGCAGAAAAUUAAAGGGGCGUGCAAUAUGCAGCUCGUACGUCGCCGUUUACCCAUCGUGCAAUGGUUGCCAAGUUACAAUUGGAACUAUGUCCUUUUCGACCUUAUUGCUGGCAUAACUGUUGGUUUGACGAUAAUCCCGCAAUCGAUCGCAUACGCUGGCGUUGCUGGACUUCCUUUAGAGUAUGGUCUCUAUUCCUCUUUUAUGGGCAUGUUUGCAUACACGGUAUUUGGCUCUGUAAGAGAAUCGUCCAUAGGACCAACGGCCGUCAUGGCCCUCAUGACGUUCUCGUAUGCCAACGAAGGCGGGGCUGCUUACGCAGCACUUUUAUCAUUUUUGGCUGGAGCAAUUGAACUUUGUGCCGGCUUGCUUAAUCUAGGAUUUCUGGUCGAGUUCAUAUCAGCCCCAGUGAUCUCUGGCUUUUGUUCGGCUGCCGCAUUAACUGUCGCCUCAACGCAGGUGAAAGGCCUCUUCGGAUUAAAAUUUAGUGGAUCUUCAUUCGUCGAAGUCUGGACUGGAUUCUUUACAAAUCUGUCUAGUAUUAAUCCAUGGGACGCCGGAUUAGGUUGUUCCUCAAUAGUCGUCCUACUUUUGUUACGGAAACUGAAUGCAUUGAAAAGUCUUGGGUCCUUGAAGAAAGUGGGUUGUCUUCGUAAUCGAUUUGUUGACGGUUCUCUCUGGUUCAUUUCAACUAGCAGGAACGCAAUUGCCGUCAUCGGCGGUUGCGUUGCUGCCUAUCUAUUGGAACUAAAUGGCCUAACUCCGUUUACACUCACAGGUAACAUCAAGGCCGGCCUACCUUCGUUUGAAUUGCCACCGUUCUCGAUCAACAAGACGGACAUAGACGAUGGCAAUAGCACAAUUUUCUUAACGUUCCCUGAGAUAUGCUCAGAACUGGGCGCUGCAAUUGGUCUCAUCCCGCUCAUUGCUAUUUUAGAACAAGUUGCCAUUGCCAAGGCUUUCGCUUGUGGCAAACGAACCGACUCGACGCAGGAAAUGAUUGCUCUCGGUAUUGGAAAUAUCCUGGGCUCGUUUUUCGGUGCUAUGCCCAUCACCGCCUCUUUUGGGCGGAGCUCUGUUCAAUCCGCAAGCGGAGUUAAAACACCAUUAUGCAACAUUUAUGGAGGUAUUCUGGUUCUAUUGGCUUUAGGCUUUAUGAUGCCCUCACUGGCAUACAUCCCGAAAGCGAUUCUUGCAUCUGUCAUCAUCACGUCCGUCAUCUUUAUGGUAGAACUGGAAGAGCUGAAGCCCAUGUGGAAAAGCAGACGAUUGGAAUUAGUGCCGUUCGGUGUCACUUUCUUUUGUUGUCUCUUUGUCAACAUGGAGUACGGUAUUUUGAUCGGAGCAGGUGUUCAUUUGUUCUUGUUGGCGUACAUGGCCGGAAGUCGUCCUCAUCCGGAAUUGAUACGAAUACCCGGAAGCAAAAAAACUGAGGAAAAAGUCAUUGUUAAGGCUGAUACUAAUUUGUACUUUCCGGGAGUGGAAAAAUUCCGUCAAGUUCUGAACGAAGCCACUGACGGAGAAACGUGUGUGAUGGUCGAUCUGUCACACGUAACGGAGAUCGACUACACAGCACUCAAAAUGCUCAAAGCCGUGGCUUCUGAUUACCACAAGAGAGGCCUAAUGGUUCUACAUUUUACCAAUGCUUCUCCUAAUGUGACGAAAUCGAUUUCAUCCGCCUUACAUUCAGCUGACAUCGACUUCUUAAUACCUAAUAUGGACGAAGAUGGUUGCGGAGAAAUUACGGACAACGUCUAACAGGAUCAAAUUGCCUUUUCUGUGCAUGGAUAGGUCUCUUGGCAGAACUUUUCACGAGAACCUACAGUACACCCCAUUGUUUAAGAAAACAAAACAAAUAUCAAGCGUUCAAAUCAUGGGAAUAGUAGUCGAAUGUUGUCACUUUAGGAAAAUUAAAAAAAGACUGGGGGGUGGAAACAAUGUGAUAUAAUUUGGCCUUCAAUACAUCUCCCUCCCCUUUUUCGGGGAAGUCAAUUAUG